UUACCAAGGCGCACAUGCAGCCCCUCCUGUGAUGGAGUGAGAGGGGAUGGAGAGAGAUGCAGGGAGAAAAAGAUGGAGUUGCACAGGGAAAGGAAAGCAGGAUUACUGGUGUGACAGCACAGGCAGAUGAGCGUCAGCUCAGCGGAGAGGGAGAAACUCUGCUGAAGGAAGAAAAAAAAAAAGAAGAAAAAACAAAUCAGUGCAACAGGAUGAGGACCUGCUAGUGCACAGCCUGCCCGACCCCACAGACCUGCCAUCUGUCCUGCUUUUUUCUCUCUCUGUUCCUGACGCUUCCAGCACCCUAUAACAUCUGGAUCACCUCACAUCCAUAUGGGAAGGAGGGCAGGAGGGGAGGAACAAACCUCAAUUCGAUCCUUUUCUUUUUGCUGCUAAAGCAGGACCAGAGGAGGAGCAUCAGCAGCUGGGGGGCCUGAUAAGUGAAGCAAAGGAGGAGGAAAACUUUCUUCAAACAUGUUUAGGUUCGGACAGGAUCUUUCCCCAUGCGUGUGGGAAAUUUUCUAACUUUCUAUGGAUUUCUAUUUUUUUUUGUCUCUCUCUCUGAGGAGGGAGAGGUAGAAAAGGAAGGAGGAGGCUCCACCGUCAGCAGUGCUGGAGUGUUACAGAGGUUUGUGCUCCUGUCAUUGAGGAAGCAUUUUAUCACUCUCCCUCCCUCUCUGCCUCUUUCACUCCUCCUCUCAUCCGAGCAGCGGGGAGCCUGACGGAUACAGACAGAGAACCAAACACAGCUGCUUCACACACACACACACACACACACACAUACACACACACAAACACACACUCAGGCUGCUGUGCCAGGGCUCCCACACCUCCCUUUCCUUCUUUCACCCUCCGUCACUUUCCUCUCCUGUCCCGUUUUGAUGCCCUGUCUUCACCUCCACGACCACUUGUGAAUGUGAUGCACGCAGGAAAGCAGACGGGGAGCGGAGCGCCCAGACAGUUUUUUUUUGGGGGAAAAAAAGACACACACACACACACUUGCCAUCACGUUGUGAAGUCCUUCAGGAGAGUGUGUGGAUAUCAAAGGCUGCUUUGCACACACACACGCACGCGCGCGCACACACGCGGAGGCACUGAUGAACUCACACUCUCCUGCUCUCGCUGAAAGACGUGGUCUAAAUGUGGACUCCUACAGGUGCUGAGAGGGGAGAGAGGGGCAGGUGAGGAGCAGGUGAAGGCAAAAGGAGACGCUUUGAGGAGAGAAAAAGAGAGAAUAAUGAUGGAGCAGCUGGAGUUUAAGUUGGAUGAGAGCAGAAAACACAGGCAGUAGGCUGCCAACAUGGCCAUACCCAGGAGACCUCCUCCUCCUCACUCUCCUUGGCCUCCAGUGUUCCUGCUUGUCCUGCUCUUGCCCCCACUGCAGGCUCGGCCACUGCUUGUCCACUCGUCCAUUAACGUGGCGGUAGUGUUCAGCGGCUCCAGCUAUCAGAGCGAGGUCAGGGGUCGCCUCAGUGGGGAGAACUUUGUCGAUCUGCCAGUGGUAGUUAGCCCUGUGACCGUGCUCGUCAACGACACCAACCCCCGGGACCUGCUGACACAUCUCUGCGACACGAUGGCAACGGAGAAGCUGCAUGGGGUGGUGUUUGAGGACGAUGUGGGCUCAGGUGCAGAUGCUCAGGUGGCAGAAGUGGCACAAAUCUUGGACUUCCUCUCCACACAGACAGCUCUGCCAAUUGUGGGCAUCAGUGGCGGCUCCGCAGUUGUUAUUCCAUACAAGGCUGAAGGAUCCUCCUUUCUACAGAUGGGAGCUUCUUUGGAGCAGCAGGUCAUCUGCAUGUUCAAGGUCUUGGAGGAGUAUGACUGGGCAGAGUUUGCUGUAAUCACCAGCUUGAUGCCGGGCUACGACACCUUUGUGGAUCUAGUUCAGUCCUACACAGACACAUCCUACUUUCUCUGGAAUCUGCAGGAUAUCAUGUCUCUGGAAAUGUCAGUUGGUGCCAAUGAUUUGAAGACCAAGCGCAUCCUGCAGCAGUUGGACUCGCAGGUCCUGUUGGCAUACUGCUCCCACGAGGAAGCUCAGUACCUGUUUCGUCUAGCAGGCGAGUUGGGUCUGCUGGGGCCCGGCUACAUCUGGAUCCUCCCCAGUCUUGCCGUAGGCAACCCCAACAGCCCUCCACCUGCCACUUUCCCUGUAGGUGUGAUCGGUGUGAUCACGGACCAGUGGAGGAAAAGCUUGCGGCAGAGAGUAAGGGAGGGCGUCGCCAUCGUAGCCAAAGGGGCAGAGAGUUUCAAGAAGCAUUAUGGUUUCAUUCCUGAAGGGCAUGGAGAUUGCAGUAAACCAGCAAAACAGUCAGAGAACAACACCCUGUUCAGGCACAUGCUGAAUGUAACGUGGGAACAAAAAGACCUGUCAUUCAACAAUCAAGGCUUUCUAUCCAACCCUUCUAUGGUCAUCAUUGCUUUGGACCGGGAGAGACUGUGGGACAAGGUGGGCACGUUUGCUCGCGGCAUCCUUCAGGUUCGCUAUCCCAUCUGGCCGCGGUACGGCAGCUUCCUGGAGCACAUAUCUGAUGACCGCCACCUGACGGUGGCCACCCUCGAGGAGCAUCCCUUUGUCAUGGUCGAGAACGUGGACCCGGGAACCGGCACAUGUGUCCGCAACACUGUGCCCUGCAGGCGUCAGUCCAAUCACACAGACAGUGCCCAAUCCGAGUCCUACACCAAACUGUGCUGCAAAGGUUUCUGCAUAGAUAUCCUCAAGAAGCUAUCCAAAACAAUUAAGUUCUCCUUCGAUCUCUACCUGGUCACCAACGGAAAGCACGGCAAACUGGUGCAUGGGAUUUGGAACGGGAUGAUUGGGGAGGUUUUCUACAGGCGUGCUGACAUGGCCAUCGGCUCGCUUACUAUCAACGAGGAGCGCUCUGAAAUCAUUGACUUCUCUGUGCCGUUUGUGGAGACGGGAAUAAGUGUCAUGGUAGCGCGUAGCAACGGCACAGUAUCGCCGUCUGCCUUUCUUGAGCCCUACAGUCCAGCAGUUUGGGUCAUGAUGUUUGUGAUGUGCCUGACCGUUGUGGCUGUGACUGUGUUUGUGUUUGAAUAUUUCAGCCCAGUGGGCUACAACCGGAGUCUGGUAAGCGCCAAAGCUCCAGGUGGGCCGACGUUCACGAUAGGGAAAUCAGUGUGGCUGCUGUGGGGAAUCGUCUUCAACAACUCCGUCCCCAUUGAAAACCCCAAAGGAACCACCAGUAAAAUCAUGGUCCUAGUCUGGGCCUUCUUCGCUGUCAUCUUCCUGGCUUCUUACACCGCCAACCUGGCUGCUUUUAUGAUCCAGGAGCAAUAUAUUGACACCGUGUCUGGCCUUUCUGACAAGAAGUUUCAAAAACCACAGGAGCAUUAUCCUCCUUUUCGCUUCGGGACGGUUCCAAAUGGGAGCACAGAGAGGAACAUUCGCAGCAACUAUCCUGAUAUGCACACACACAUGAUGAAAUAUAACCAGAAAGGGGUGGAAGAAGCUCUGGAGAGCCUCAAAACCGGGUAAAGAUUUGCUCACACUAUAAACAUAAUUACUGACUGGAAGCUAUAUUUAACUGAUUCUUGUGACAGAAAAGGCAUCAGAUGACAAGGCGGCAAUGAUCAUAAUUUUGGUGACACGGCAGAUGUGCUUUGUAUUUUACAACCUAUUUUUGUUUUA